AUGUCACCCUCCUCCUCCUCCUCUUUCUCCUCUCCCCCCUCCGCCUCUUCGUGCUCCACCCCGGACCCGACCCCUCCGAAUGGCCCGAGACGCCUCCGAGAAAGCGAGGCCGCCGCUGAGACAACACCGCUCCUCGCCGGCCAUGCCGAGCCCGAGGCCGGCCUCGUCCCGGGGCAGGAUGGCAAGAAACCCCCCGGCGGCGACCGGCUGCCCCGGGGCCAGAUCUUCCUGCUGUGCUACGCCCGGAUGACGGAGCCGAUUGCCUUCUUCGCCAUCUUCCCCUACAUCGCGCAGAUGGUGCAGCGCAACGGCGGGCUGCCCGAGUCCGACGUCGGCUUCUACAGCGGCCUCAUCGAGUCCGUCUUUUCCCUCGCGCAGAUGUGCUGCCUCCUCUUCUGGGGCCGCCUGGCCGACCGUGUUGGCCGCAAGCCCGUCCUCGUCUACAGCCUGGUGGGCAUGGCUGCUGGUCCCGCACUCUUCGGCAUGGCCAGUUCCAUCUGGCAGAUGCUCCUCUUCCGCUGCCUGGCCGGCGUCUUCUCCGGCUCCGGUCUCGUCGUCCGCACCAUGAUUGGCGACCUCAGCACGCCCGAGACGCAGGCGCUCGCCUUCAGCUGGUUCGGCUUCGCCGGCAACGUCGGCAUCUUCACCGGCCCCAUCAUCGGUGGCCUCCUCGCCGAGCCUGCUCACAACAUGCCUGCCCUGUUCGGCGACGUCGACUUCUUCGUCGACUACCCGUAUGCCCUGCCGGGCUUCGCCAUCGGCGCCAUUGUCGCCGUCGGGGCCGUUGCCUGCGCCCUUUUUCUCGACGAGACGCUCGACAAGAAGGGAACGCCAAGCAGCGGCGGCAGCGGCGAGCCAGGCGAGAUGCGCGACGCAACCAGCAUGACCGUUCGGCAGCUCAUCAAGGCCCCCGGCGUCGCCAUCGUCAUCGGCAUGUACAGCCACGUCAUGCUCCUCGCCUUUGUCUUCACCGCCAUCGUCCCGCUGGCCCUGUUCACGCCCGUCCCGCUGGGGGGCAUCGGCUUCUCGUCGGCCGAGAUCUCGCUGUACAUGGCCGUGCAGGGCGCAAGCCAGGGGCUGUGGCUGCUCCUCGUCUUCCCCCGGCUUCAGCGACGCGUGGGGACAAAGGGCGUUUUGAGCAUCUGCGCCGUUGGAUACCCCUGGUUCUUCGCCAGCUACAUCCUCCUGAAUGUGCUCUUGCGCCAGGGGAGCGAGCCGUCGCGCGCGUGGUUCUGGAUCAUUGGCUCUACCGUCGCCAUCAUUGGGCCAGCCGUCAGCAUGGCGUUUACGUGCGUGCAGCUGGCUCUCCAGAGCAUAUCGCCGCAUCCGCAUCUGCUGGGCACGCUCAACGCCCUGGCUCUGACCCUGGCGAGCGCAAUCCGAUCCUUUGCGCCGGGGUUGGCGACCGUGGUGUAUGCCAUUGGUGUCCGUAACCAGAUCCUGUACGGCCAUCUCGCCUGGGCGAUUCUCAUCAUGUUAUCCGCCACUCUCUUCGCCAUGUUGAAAUGGCUUCCCGACGGCUUGGUAUGA